AUGGCGGCGCCGCCGCGCGAGCCGCCGGAGCUUGUCGGUGACGCCAUCGCGGAGAUCCUCCUACGCGUCCCGCCGAAAGAGCCAGCGCACCUCGUCCGCGCCUCCCUCGUCUGCAAGCCGUGGCGCCGCAUCCUCACCGACCCCGCCUUCCUCCGCCACUACCGUCGCUUCCACGGAGCUCCUCCGCUGCUAGGCUUCUUCAACAAUAUCCGCUGCGCCGAACACGCCCCUCGCUUCGUCCCCACCACUGCAACCGCCUCCCCCUUCUCCUCCUCGGCGGCAUUCGACUGCCGCCACCUCGACUGCCGCCACGGGCGCGUCCUCUUCGAACAGACGGACGACACCGACGAAUUCCUCGUCUGGUACCCGAUCACCGGUGCCCGGGAGGAGGUGCCCGAGCCCAACAUCCGGUGCUGGUCCGCCGCGGUGCUAUGCGCGGCCGCCGGCUGCGACCAUUCCAGCUGCCACGGCGGAGGUCCCUUCCUGGUUGUCUGUGUGGGCUUCAAGGGGGACUGGCACGCCUAUGCGUCCGUCUACUCGUCUCAAGCUGAUGCGUGGGGCGCUUCUGUUCACCUAGACGUGGGUGUCCUCGAUUAUUGCCGUGGCCAUCUGGAACUGAGCCGUCCUGUCAUUGUCGGGGAUGGAAUUUACGUUGUACUCGAGUUGAAUGCUCGUAUUGCAAUCCUGAAGUAUGACUUGGGCAGGCAUCACUUGUCUAUAUUUGCGCUGCUGCACACGAGCUUCAUGGGCAAUCUCCUCCUCAUGCCAACCGAGGAUAGUUUGCUUGGGCUCGCCAGCAUAAGGGACUCUAGACUUUUCUUGUGCUCGAGUAUGGUGAAUGGAGAUGCAGCUCCGCAAUGGGUGCCAUACAGGGUGAUCGACCUACAGUCAGUGUUACCCGUCACCAUGCCUAUUAACCAAGCGAAAGUCAUUGGUUUUGCUGAGGGUGUCAAUGUUAUCUUUCUAGCCACAGAUGUUGGCACCUUCAUCAUCGAUCUCGAGUCAGAGCGCUCAAGGAAGCGAUCCGGCGGACAUCUACAACCGAUGUGGGCAUGGGGCUGCGUCGAGCGCGUGGCCGCGGGUCUCCUCGGCGGCCCCCUCGCCGGUGGCGGCCGCUGGAACACCGCCGUUGCCAUCGGGGUCACGGCCGCCGCAGGCCUUGCGCUCAUCGUCAUCGCCGUCUCUUCCCGUAGGUUGAGGAGGAACGGGCGCGGCCGUAGGCUGCGGUUCGCCGAGAAUGAAGCAGAGUCGGCGGGCCGCGUCAGGAUGCCGGUCGCGGAGUGCGACGCGCAGCACAACUCGAGCCCGGUGUCCGUGCUUGAGGCGCCUAACGAUUCAUCCACCACCACCACCUCGUCUCCUUGGAAGAGGUGGAGCACGCAGAGCCCUGCUCGGCUACGUCAGGUUGAAGGUGCUGCCUAUGAAAACAAGGACAUUGGACAUAGAGGGAAGUGA